AUGGAGGAAUUCAUAGAGUGGGUUCCAGUGUUUCCACAAAUAUAUGAUAUUUUGGACUACGUUGGUUAUACCCCUGUUUCCGUCCUACAACGCCUAAGAUUACAUCGUCCAUGGUCAGUAGUCGAUAAUGAUCUUCUGUAUCUUCAUGGCGCUGAAAAGGCGCGUUCAUCUGUAAAAAUUGACUAUUGCGGAGAGCUUAAAACUUACAAUGAAGUUUUGUUGCUCGAGGAUGUACGAAUUGCUAAAAUUCAUAAGAUCGCCAGUCAACGUACCCCGGAGCAAAAUGAAUCUCAUUUGCGUGAGCUUAUAAAAAGUGCCGGUCUGUCGGAAUUGGACAAAUACCUUCAUUCUUUAGGAGGUGAACUGUUCUUUUGUCCUUCUGAACCUCUUCCCUCCAAUCUUGUGCUGACAGAAUGUGCGCAACAGAAUUUGAGACAAAUUGCACCUCUCCUCCUGCACAAAAAGCCCAUCAUGCUGGCUGGUCCAGAAGGAAUGGGCAAAACCUAUUUCCUCACUCAAGUCGGCGCUAAGCUCGGUCAAAGUGUGGUUCGAAUUCACUUGAGUGAGUCUACGGAUGCCAAAAUGCUCAUAGGAACUUAUGUUUCACCAGAGCCAGGAAAGUUCGACUGGCAACCGGGUAUUUUGACUCAAGCUGUAAAAAAUGGAAAAUGGGUUUUAUUUACGAAUAUUGAUCACGCACCAAACGAAAUAUUGGGUGUUCUUCUUCCCCUUUUAGAAAAGCGCCAACUCCUUAUUCCUUCUCGUGGUGAAGUUAUCUACGCGAAAAAUAGUUUCCAGAUCCUGGCAACGUCUACACUCGCCAGGAAAUCUGGCUUGGGCUUCCGUUUAUGGUCUCAUCUUAAUUUCGAAUUUGAUGUUGACGAAUCAGUUUCCAUUGUAUCUGAAGUUUAUCCCAGAUUGCAAGUGGUAGCACCACAUCUCUUCACCGUUUACAAGUCUGUCGUUGACCUUUUUUCUCAACGUGGUUUCUUGUCAGUAGCAAAGGUUUUCCGACGUAUUAGUUUGCGGGAUUUUUACAAGUUUGUUAAGCGUACAGAUGCUUUAUAUGCUCAAUAUGGUAUAACCUCGCUUAAUCAUAAAAUUCCCGUUGAUCUUGAAGAAGCUAUCCUUUGUGAAGCUCUGGAUGUCUUUGGUGCUUUUAUUCCAACUGAGCAAGGCCGUAUCGCUGCUUAUCAAAGGGUUGGUUUUGAACUAAAUGCAUCGCCUGAAAAAGUUCAACAAAUGGAAACACACACGCCGAAGUUGAAUGAGUCUGCUGAACAGUUGCGUAUUGGUCGCGUGCUCUUGCCCAAAUUUUCCAAGGGUGCCUCUUCUAACAAGUCCACAUUUGCUUUCACUAGUUUGGCCCUAUCACUUUUGGAGCAGCUCUCCGCGGCCGUUCGUUCUUGUGAACCUUUGCUACUUGUUGGUGAAACAGGUACGGGUAAAACAACGACGGUUCAACUUCUUGCAUCGUUGUUAGGACAGAAGGUUACGGUAAUCAAUAUGUCUCAACAAACGGAAGCCUCCGACAUGCUUGGUGGUUUUAAGCCUGUCAAUCUUAACACGUUGGGUAUUCCAUUGCACGAAGAAUUUCUACGUUUAUUCGAAACGACAUUCAGUUCCAAGAAGAACACAAAAUUUAUUACCGCCGCGUCUGAUGCCGCACGUCGCUUCAAGUGGAAAAACUGUGUAAAGUUUUGGAAAGAAGCAAUACAGCUUUCUCGUAAGAUAUUAAGCCCUGAUAAUUCUGACCGGAUUUCAAAGCGCAGGCGAAAGAAUGUUUCCUUGCUAGAUCUUACGGAAAUGUGGACGAAGUUUGAGCAAAAGGUGAUCUCUUUUAUGUCAAAGUUUGACAGUUUUGGAAAGGGUUUUAUGUUUUCCUUUAUCGAAGGUGCUCUGGUGAAGGCAGUGCGCUCAGGCCACUGGCUCUUACUUGAUGAGAUUAAUCUGGCGUCUGCCGACACCCUAGAGUCUAUUACGCAGCUUUUAAGUGGUUAUGAUUCUGGUAUUCUUCUUACUGAAAGAGGUGAUUUAACUACUAUCAAACCCCAUAAAAACUUUCGCAUUAUCGGUUGUAUGAAUCCUUCAACCGAUGUUGGUAAACGUGAACUUGAACCUUCGUUAAGAUCUCGGUUUACAGAGAUAUACGUUCGUUCCCCCGAUACACGACUUAAUGACCUUCUUGCUAUUAUUGCGAAGUACAUUGGCCCACUUUGUGCUGGUGAUGAGCAUGUACUUCGAGAUGUCGCUGAGUUUUACCAGGCAUCAAAGCGGCUAACUGGUGAAGGAAACUUAGUUGACGGUUCCGGUCAGAAGCCUCACUACACCGUACGUACACUCACUCGCACUCUGACGUUCGCUUCACAGAUUGCUUCCAUUUUUGGAUUGCGUUAUUCUCUCUACGAGGGCUUUUGCAUGUCUUUUUUGACUUUGCUAGAUGAAAAAAGUGAAGAUCUUUUGCACACCUUGGCUGUAAAAUAUACCAUUGGGAAGCUUCCAAACGCAUCGGCUCUCAUCAACCAAGUAUCGAAAAGACCUAUGGGCGAUAAUUAUGUCCAGUUUUAUCACUACUGGUUGCGUAAGGGUCGUUCUUCCAUUGUUGAACAACCGCACUAUAUUAUCACGCCUUUUAUUAAGAAGAACUUAUUGAAUUUAAUUCGUGCUUGUGCCACAAGAAAGUUUCCCAUCCUUAUUGAGGGUCCCACUUCUAGCGGAAAAACAAGUAUGAUUGAAUAUGUCGCUGGUAAAACCGGUAAUAAGUUUGUGCGCAUCAACAAUCAUGAACAUACUGAUCUUCAGGAGUAUAUCGGCUCUUAUGUUACUGAUGAAAAGGGUUCAUUAGUUUUUAAAGAGGGUGUACUUGUUGAGGCUCUCCGCAACGGUUAUUGGGUUGUUUUGGAUGAGCUUAAUCUCGCUCCCACCGACGUUCUCGAAGCCUUAAACAGAUUGUUGGAUGACAAUCGUGAAUUGUUUAUUGCUGAAACGCAGGAAGUGGUUAAACCUCAUCCCGACUUUAUGCUUUUUGCUACUCAAAACCCACCAGGACUCUAUGGUGGUAGAAAAGUGCUUUCUAGAGCUUUUAGAAACAGAUUUCUUGAAAUCCACUUUGCCGAUAUUCCGGAAAACGAACUCGAAACUAUUCUUUGUCAAAGAUGUCGUAUAGCACCUUCGUAUGCAAAGCGUAUUGUUGAAGUUUUCCGUCAACUUUCAAUACGUCGUCAAUCAACUCGUAUCUUUGAACAGAAGAAUUCUUUUGCAACCCUUCGAGACCUCUUUCGGUGGGCAUCAAGAGAAGCCGUUGGUUAUCAGCAGUUAGCCGAGAAUGGCUUUAUGCUCCUUGCAGAAAGAGCAAGAGAUGAACAAGACAAGAUAGCUGUAAAAGAUGUCAUUGAAAGUGUUAUGAAAGUGCGUUUGGAUCUUGACCAUCUGUAUGAUAUAUCUCAUUUUGAGGAACUAAAAUGUUUGGAUUGGAAUAAUGGUCCUUUGUCAUCUGUCGUAUGGACUAAAGCCAUGCAACGCCUGUUUUUCCUUGUUUAUUCUUGUGUAAAGAACAAGGAACCGGUUCUCCUCGUUGGUGAUACUGGUUGUGGAAAGACGACUGUUUGCCAAGUGCUUGCUGCGGCGCUCGGCAACGUACUUCGAAUUGUUAACGCACAUCAGGAUACAGAAAAUGGUGAUAUUAUUGGUGCACUUCGUCCAGUGCGGAAUCGUUCUGCAAAUAGCAAGGAGCUACUUAGUGAACUUCAAACUUACCUUAAAGCUGAUGAAACUGCUUCGUUGGAUGCGUUGAUUCGGGAUUUUGAAUCGCUUCCAAAACACAGUGAUGCUGCCGUGUGCAGCUCAAUCAAGCAGAAGAUUAAGAAACAUAAAGCACUUUUUGAAUGGCAAGAUGGUGCGCUGAUUACUGCUAUGAAAAAUGGUGACUUCUUUUUGUUGGAUGAAAUUAGUUUGGCCGAUGAUUCAGUACUUGAACGACUGAAUAGUGUUCUCGAGAUUGGACGCACACUUACAUUGAUUGAGUAUGGUGAUUCAGUGCAAACACUAAAAGCCGAUGAUAGAUUUUCAUUUUUUGCGACCAUGAACCCCGGUGGUGAUUUUGGCAAAAAGGAACUUUCACCGGCUUUGCGAAACAGAUUUACUGAAAUUUGGGUUCCUCCAAUGACCAACUUUGAAGAUAUAUUACUCAUCGUUGAACAAAAACUGAAGUCCGAGUAUAAGCCAUUGGCACUUCCCUUAGUGCGUUAUGCUCAAUGGCAUAGUGAAGAAUACCGUGUUCAUCACGAUGGAUCAAUUAUCUCAAUCCGUGAUGUACUUUCCGCUGUUAAUUUUAUUAACAAUGCACCAUCAACAGAUUCGGACGCCUUACUGUAUCACAGUAUCUCAAUGGUUUUUAUUGAUGCUCUCGGCGCUAUCAGCACAAACACUAUUUCGUCAACUGCUUCUCACUUGGAUGAACAAAGACGUAUGUGUGUUAAGAAGAUAUCCGAGUUCGGCAAUUUUGAUGCCUUUUUGUAUUAUGAAAGGAAACCGGUCCUUAAAAGUAAUAAAGAACUUGUGGAAAUUAGCGAGUUUUCAUUGCCAACGGGUCCUUUUGUUGACCCGGAUUCCGAAUUUAGUCUUGGUACUGCGACAACUUGUGUAAAUGCCUAUAAAGUAAUGCGCGCUCUCCAAAUCCGAAAGCCUAUUUUGCUUGAAGGCAGCCCAGGUGUUGGCAAGACUAGUCUCAUCACAGCUUUGUCUCGUAUUUCCGGUCACAAGCUAAUUCGUAUCAACAUGUCCGAGCAAACCGAUCUGAUGGACUUGUUCGGUUCUGACGUUCCUGUCGAAGGUGGAAGUAGCGGUGAAUUUAAAUGGAGAAAUGCACCAUUUCUAACCGCUAUGGAAUCUGGUUACUGGGUUUUGUUGGAUGAACUUAACCUUGCUUCACAAACUGUACUAGAGGGACUGAACUCUUGUCUCGAUCAUCGUGGAGAAGUUUUUGUUCCAGAACUUAAUCAAACAUUUUCGUCCCACCCUGAAUUCCGCGUUUUUGCUGCUCAAAAUCCGCAUCAGCAGGGUGGUGGACGCAAAGGUUUGCCGCGUUCUUUUGUAAAUAGAUUUACUGUUGUUUAUGUGGAAUCAUUGAAGCAAGAUGACAUGCUCAUGAUUGCAAGACAAAGAUACCCAAAACUUGAGCCGGAAUUAUGUGAAAAGAUUAUUCGUUAUAUAUUUGAACUUGAAGCUGCUGUUUCCUCGCCAACCUCCUCAUUUGGAGCAUCAGGUCGGCCAUGGGAGUUUAAUCUUCGUGAUGCUAUGAGAUGCUUCCAACUAUUGUCGAAUUCGUCUUUGGGUAAUUUGUAUCCACCAUACGAAUUUUUGGACGUUUUAGUAUUAAACUGUUUCCGGUCACAAGCGGAUAGAGAUUAUGCUAAAAGCUUAUUUGCAAAAGUUUUCGACAUGGAGCUUCCCAAGCGUCCCAUUUAUGUUACCUUAACUCCUUCUCACUUGAAAGUUGGACAUUCUGUUUUAGAGCGUGAUCAAUUUCGCCAGCGAACGAAUGCUCUCGAGUCAUCUCUUUUGCAGAAUCAGUAUUCUGUAAUUGAGUCUAUAAUUACAUGCGUCAACCAGAAAUGGCCUUGCAUUUUGACUGGACCCACUGGUUCGGGGAAAACUUCAUUAAUACGCUUACUUGCUUCUAUAUCCGGAGCAGAACUAAGAGAGAUGGCUAUUAAUAGCGAGACUGACACAAUGGAUCUUCUGGGUGAAUUUGAGCAAGUUGAUUACAUUCGAAAAAUAUCGGACUUUUUCAACGUCGCUUUUGAUGCCGUACUUAAUUGUUUAUUCGAAAGUGGCGAGUCCUCUGAUAAUUCGGUCAUUCAAAAACUAAACUCAUUAUUAACAUCUAAUGCUGGCAGUUUGGCUGUUGCUAUAAACACACUCUCUUUGGUGAUUCCCUUGUUGGAUACUUUAUCCAGAUACUCAUCUGUUUUCGGUACACUUUCUAAGAAGGGCGCGCAGCUCCUAAGCUUAGCUUCAACGAGCUCGUCAAGCAAUUUUGAAUGGGUUGACGGUUUCUUAUUAAAGGCUGUUGAAUUGGGUUAUUGGCUGGUUUUGGAUAAUGCUAAUCUAUGCAGUCCUUCGGUUCUCGAUCGUUUAAAUUCGCUACUAGAGUAUGAAGGUGUACUAAUUGUGAAUGAACGCACGCUCGAAGACGGUCAGCCUUUAAUUAUUCCACCUCAUCCUAACUUUCGAUUGUUCAUUACUGUCGACCCUGCUAAUGGUGAGCUCUCUCGUGCUAUGCGUAAUCGAGGUGUCGAGAUAUAUGUUGAUAAUGCCGAGCUUACGUUGAGGGACAAAACUCAACUUCAAUUAACUUCGCCAUCCCCAGUUGUUUCUCCAGUUGAUGCUGAAGCCUCGAGUCGGUCACUUAUGCUUUACACAAUCCAACAACUUAUCUCAAAUUUUGGAUCGAUUGAGGACAGUGCGCCGAUAUUGGCAACUUUCUUUAGCCAUCUUUCGCAUUCAGAUUUUUCUGUGCUAACUUUAGUAUUAGCGCAGUAUGGCGACUUAACAAAUUCUCCAAUUGUUGAGCAUAUGAAAUCGAUUGCUGACUUGGAUUCCUAUAAGCGAUUCGAACUUUCAACGUUUUCGCGUUUUAAUAGUAUUAUUUCAACGGUCUCGGAAGCUGACAUUAUAUACUAUUCGGAUCCCGUUAGUGUCACCAACGAAAUUCAAAGAUGGAAUGACGCUGAAUCGGUUGAAAGAAUGCGCCAUUCACUCCAGACAUUGAAUGGUGCACGGAUGCUGUACUUCUACGCCUAUUCAGUUUUUGUACGUUAUACUAAUGUUAAAUCAGCAACAUCCGAAUCACAAUCCUACCUUCGGAGGAGUGCUUUCGCAUACAUGAAUGGAUUACCGUCUUACAAGGAUUCACCUUCUAGUCUUUGGACACUUCUUUCAGCUUUGGCAGAAUUUCUCAGCUCCGUCUUCACUGGGGAUUUGUUGCUUGAGAGUAAAAGUUUUGAAAUCCAACACUUGAUUAAAUUAACACAUCUCUGGAAUCUUACUUUUAUUUGGACUGAUGUUGCGACAAUCGAUCGCAGUCGACUUUUUGUAUACUCAUUUAUGCUAAAUGGAUGGCUAAACGAGGCUGAAAGCAUGGGACUUACGAGUCGUUUCAAUGUCCCUUCACAAGCCAUCAAACAGUUUUCUUUGUCAAUCAAUUUAGAAACUGGUGUUUAUGUUCAAACGCUAUGGGAUGAAUUUCAUCCUAUGGUUCCCUUAAGUUUGGAAUCUUGGAAACUAUGGACAAGACUUCACAUGACACUCAUUUCCUACAUGUCGGCGAAUUUUCCUUCGCUUUCUUCUGAGAAGAACGCUGUCAAAGUCGUCCAAGCUGCUUUGUCCGUUGGAAAAUCUAUACUUAAUGAUGAUGGCUCAGUUGACUUUGAUUCAUUUUUCACUAAGUUGGAUGAGGGUGUUAUAUCCCUCAAAGACAUUCAGAAAGCACAACUGCCUGAACCCGUUCAAAAGGCUUUCAAGACACUGAUUUCUUUGGAUUUGUUUGAUAUUUUUUCAAACAAUAUCAGUAACUUUGUAGAGUCAACUCAUGAAUAUCUUGUUGGCGCUUCGAUGUAUCUUGAUGACCCCAUGGAUCUUUUGCAAUUUAUUGUUAACAGAGAUUCUAACCCGCUUUAUUGCAAUUUAUUCUCCAUUGAUACUGCUGUUAUUCGAUCUGGAAGUAUGUUCCAAUCUUUUUUUAAGGCGUUUUCUUACCUGUCGGACAAUGCCUCUAUUACAAAUUAUACAGUAUACAGAGACAUUAAAGAUACCUUAUUAUACCACAUAACGAAACGGUCAAAGUCCAUUGUUGCAGAUUUCACAAGAAAGUUAAGUACGGUUUUGCUGCAGCGCUAUGUCUUUGCUAUUACCGUGGUGAAGAAUUUCUUAAAGCCUCAGUCGUUCCAAGAUCUCGUGCAACUUUGUGCAUCACAAAAUUCUGCUACUUCGGACAAAACGUUGCUUGAAGUUAUCAACACUAUGCACAGCACCCUCUCUGAGGCUGUGAAAGAGUUUCAGGGCCCCGCACAUUUCCUUUUGGAAACACUUGAGAGUUUACGGUCUUCUUUAACUGAAACUGAUCCCAACCACAAGCUUAAUUAUCAGGGAUUAGCGUUCGUUAAGUUUUCCCAAUUUAUGCUAUGGGCAUAUGUUCCUGAUAAACCCUAUGAUCCUGCCUUGCGUCCUUUGGUGCAGGGUGAACUUAAAAAAUAUCUUUCUCAUCAACUUGAAAUUCAAACUUUGACUGAGAAAGUAUUGGAAUCUGCCAAUACUGGUUCUGAUACGAGUCCGCUAAUUUUUAAGCUUGAGCAUCAGAAAAAAGACUUGUUUUGUGAUAACGUUUCGUCCAAUGUAUUCCGCUCAUCUGACCUGUCAAGCAAUCACUUUUUUGAUGAACUUAAUUUCCUUUCUAGCUCUAUCGUUCGUACAGAAAAGGCACAUUCGCUUGCAAUCUCUCUCGUUUCGAAGCCAUCAAAGGAAGUUAUUGAAGAAACGUACUCUUUUAACUCUAAAUGGAUUCAUUAUGCUAUGCGGAUUACUGAGCUGUAUCCUCAAUAUACUGACCUCACUGCGUUCAUGACUUCUAUGUUGAGCUUCGGUAUUUUUGGCCUGCAAGUAUUGUGUUCUUCGAUCAAUGAGACAUUGGAUCCCAAUUCAAAAGAUGUUAACGAGCUAUUCACCUUGUUACUUCUUCCAGAAGUUAUCAGCAAAGGUGUUAGUUAUCUUAAAGUUGAAAAUGUAAUUUCAAUUUGUGAUACCCUUGAUGUCAGCCCUAUUCUAAAGCUUCAACUCUUGCUGUACUUUAUGAAGCAGUUACAAUUGCCUUCUAGGUUGGCAACCGAUAGCGAUACAUUGAAAUCUUUGAACGUAAUUAUUUCUCAGUUCUCGGCUUACAAUCAGCGUCUUGCUGAAGCAAAGGCAGAACAAGCGCUUGAGGAAUCUCGUACUUACCGCACCAAAGAGCUUAAUCUGCAUGAUAACGAAUACCUUCAGAUUUUUGUUGAUUAUGAUGUCGAACCUGAAACUGAUAGCUCAACAAGUGGACUUCAGUUUGAUCAAUUCGCACGUUUGCAACAUGAGUUCUGGGAGAAUUAUCGUAGUAUCACGUUAGGGAAAGGAGACGCCUAUAAAAGUAACGUACUUUUUGACAACGGUGUUACUUUGGCAACGAACUUACUCUCCAAUACGAAGGAUGUGAGUCCGUAUCAUAUCGAAGAUUCUUUUGCAUCGAUUUUCACUAAGGGCUUAUUGACAUUGAACGACAAUUCAAAAGACCGUCCAACUUCGAUGUAUGAUUUCUACAGAGACAGCAAUGAGCAAGAAGCAUUGAGUCUGGUUCCAUUGUUGAAGAGCAUGCAAUGCUCUGUAGACAAAGUACUCUCUGUUUGGCCGGAGAAUGCAACAUUGCAAGCUUUGGAUUCUGCCGUCCGCGAAGCCAUGGAUCUUUCGAUCCGUAGCCCUGUUGCGAAAUGUUUAUCCAAGUUAGAACAAGUCUUUCAUCAUCUAUCUGAAUGGGAAAAGGUUGCCAGUCGUGAGUUUUCCCUUUCUGAUCAGCUUGAAAAGGUGAAACGGCUUAUUAUUCAUUGGCGACAGUUGGAAUUGAGCAACUGGUCACCUCUUCUAAGAGUUGAAGAGCUUCAUACUAGUGACGAAAUUCUUCCAAAGUUUUAUCCUAUAAUUGAUUUCUUCGUGUUUAAAGCCAAGAAGUUGUCUAGAAGUGGGAAUGCUCAAGAAUUGCAAGAAGCUGUUGGAAUCAUUAUGAGCUUCAUUCCCACUGUGAAAAUCGGCGAGUUUGCAAUCUGUCUAGGACAGUUGAAGUCGCUUGUGUUCCAUUGCCUUGCUCAGGGGCUUAAGUACUCAGCUGCUAUUAUUGCUAAUGUUUUUUACUACUUUGAUCAAUUCUCUCAAAAUAUCGAAAAGUCCUUAGCUUCGCAAAAAUUGACUUUGGAAAAAAGCAUUAAGGAUAAAAUUAAGCUAAUGAGCUGGAAUGACACCAACGUUUACGCUCUCAAAGAGAGUGCAAAGAAAAGUCAUCAUGAACUGUACAAAAUAAUUCGAAAGUACAGGGAGGUUCUUGGUCAACCUGUCCUUCCGUUACUUGCACAGCAACCAUCACUUCCCUCUAUUGACACACAGUUAGAUGUCUUUAAGUCACCCGUAUUUACGGCAGUUGUUCGUUCGGAUUUAGCGAAUACUGUUCCCCUAAAAGAUCAUGGAUUCCCGCCACGGUUUGUCAAUGUUGGGAAGACUGUAAGGAUGAUGCAGCAUAUGUUUUCGCCAGUGAGGUUUUCUGAAGAGUUCGUAAGCUUUACCAAGAGCGUAGUCAGUACCUCUAAAGAACUGGCUUCUUUGACGCCUGGUACACUUACGGAUGAUAAUCUCAGCGAGGUGAAGCACUUGAAGUCGAGAAAGCGCAAACUUUACAUUGACACGGUAAAGCAGCUUAAAGAGUUCGGGUUAAAAUACCGAGUUCCAGUAAAUGUUGAACUCAAGCAAGGAACAAUGAAUGCACUUCUGGCAUCUAUGUCUUCAUUCGUACAGAUGAAUGAUAAAGGCUUGUAUUCGACUGAUAAUUGUUGUGUUGCAAAACUUGUUGAUUAUCUUCCAAAGUUGAAGGCUCUUCCUGCAGGACAUCAUGAUGAUUUAAGUGACGCUGAAGUGUCGCGUGCUCUUGGACUCUAUCACAGUUAUAUGGAAUUGCAAGUUCCUCUUCGUUCCGAGUUGACUGACUUUAUUUACGAUGUUGAUGUACUUGAAAAGCUGAUUGAUACGAUUCAUCAAACUGAUUGUUCUGAAUCUCCUACAGAAAGUAACCUUUGUUUUAAUAUCUUUGCGUCUAAACAACAAGAACUUCACUCGCUUUUGAACCUCUGUCGCAUGACCUCAACUACCUUUACUGCUCAGGAAACUAUUUCCUCAUCACAGAGUCACCCCGUAUUGAAUAUGCUCGAGGAGAUGGAACGUGUGCUUAUCGUCCUGAUCCAGAGUUCUUCCUAUUUUGUUUCGGCUGCUUCCCAUGAGUCGCAACAUUCUGCAUUCGGGGAAUUACAAUCAAUCAAUUGCACAUUAACUGAUAUGCUUUCUGAGUAUCCAUUCUUUGCUCAUGGUCUUGUACCUCUCAAACUUGAGCUCGAUCAUAGCAUAAGUGAAUUGUUGAAAGCGACGGAAAGCACAGAGGUGGUUAAAACAAUUAAAAAGAAGGUCUCUACUUCUUCUGAUACGAUCUUGGCUGCGAUUGAGAAUUUUGCAAAGUGUUCUAAGGAUUUGACUACUGGUGACGCGUUUCGGUUCCCGGCUAUGGUUGCCCAAAUGAGGCAGCUAUUAAAUGCCAUUUCACCGAAGUCUACGAUUCAUCAACUUACUCGUGUACGUAAGUUGUUGGGCAAGGGCAUAAACAAAUUGGAUUAUUCGCUGAUUGGUGCUAUAUUCUCUAACUAUAUAUCAAUCUGUCGGCAGUACCUUAAUUCUGUAAAGGCGUUGGCACACGAUCUCGUUACAUAUCAUCAUCACCUUAACGCCUGUUUUCUGAAGCUUGCAUCAAUAUACCUUGUCAUUUCUACCUCGGGUUUCUGCUCUCCAGAUUUCUCUUCGGAUUCCAAGGAAGCCGGUGAAUCUUUAGAAAGUGGUACAGGACUUGGUUCUGGAGAAGGUGCUGAGGAUAUUACCAACCAAAUCGAGGAGGAUGAAGACCUGACGGAGCUUGCUGAAGAGCAGGAUGAUAAUGAAAAUGACAAUGAGCUCGAAGAAAGGUCCGAUGCUGUUGAAAUGGAAGAUGGUCUCAAUGGAGGACAAGAAGAACAAAAAGACGCUGAGGAAAGUAACGAUGAGGAUGAACUCAGCGACGGAGAUUUGGAUGAAGAAGUUAACUCCUCUAACGACAAUGAACAGUCUCUUGACGAAAAGCUUUGGGAUGAACCCAAUGAAGAAACUCUGGGUGACAAUGAAAGUAAAUCAAAAGAGAGAUCCAAACAAAAUAACACUGAAAACUUGGUGUCAAACGAGGAUGGGGGUGACUCCGAAGUCGACGAAGAAGCUUCUGAUUCUGAGGCGGUUAAUGAGGAUGUCGUUGAAGAUGAGUUACCGCGACCGGAUGAGUCGGAAGUGAAUGAGAUUAACGAGAGUGAAAUCUUGGAUUUACCCGACGACCUUCAACUUGAUGCUGGAGAUGACGAAGAAGGCAGUGCCCCUGAAGAUUCUGGUGAGGACGAUGGUGCGCCCAUUGAAGAAAAUGAAGAAGAAAUGAAUACUCCUAUGGAAAAUGAAGAGGUUUCUAUGGAAGAUAUCGCUCCUGAAGAGACUGGUUCCCCUGAAAAGUUAGAUGAGGAAUUAGAAAACGCCGAAGAUGACAUUGGCGACAUCGACGAGUCAAUUCCGGAUAAGGAUGAUGAAAGCCCCGAGUCCACUGAGAACAGUGAAAAUGAUGAGGCAUCGGAAGCUGAAGCUACGGCUGGACAUGAAGAUGCAGAGGAUGAGGAAGACAAAGUAGAAAACGAUGAUACGAAUGAGUCUGAAACUGAGGUUGCAAACGAAACGACUGAAGGUGAAGAUUCCAAUACUAACGUGAACGGUGUCGGUGACAGUCUGAACGAAGACAAACCGCAAUCGGAUGAGCAUAUGGAAAACCCUGACGAGGACUUGAAUGAACCUUCGGUUGGACAAGCUCCUCAGGCCCAAACAGGUGAACAAACGGAAUCGAACGAACAGUCAGAGGCUCAAUCUACGGAGUCUGCUGCUUUGGAUGAACAGUACAAGACAUUGGGUUCUGAACUUGAGCGCUGGAGUCGCGUCAAAGAGAUACAGUUUUCUUCCACAGAAGACCAAGAAGAGUCUAAAAACCCAGAAGAUGCAACCGAAUUUGAACAUGUCAACGAGGAAAGUCAAAGUAACAUGCAAGCGAUGGGUAACGCUGAUUCGGAGCAAUCGAAAGCAAUUGACUUCUCAAACGAAAAAUCUAAAACCGAUGCCGAAACUGAGCAUGCGGAUAUGGAAGAUGCAGUUGAGGAAACCACCGAUGCUUUGCAAGAUUUGGAAGUUGGAUCUUCAGACCGUGAAGACGACGAAGUCGAUACAGAUACAGCUAAACCAAUUGUUGAGAAAGCUCUUCAGGCUCGUGAGCCCUCGAACUUUGAUGAUGUAUCCGACGACGAUGAUGAAGUUGAUUGGGAAAUGGAUGGUGUCCCAAUUCUGUCUGUAACUGAACAAGGCUCAAUGGAUACUGACGAAGCUCGAACUCUUUGGUCUCAUUAUGAGCGAUCAACACAUGAGUUGGCAAUUGGUCUCUGCGAACAGUUGCGAUUGAUUCUCGAGCCGACUCUCGCUACAAAAAUGCAAGGUGAUUUUAGAUCUGGAAAACGACUGAACAUGAAACGUAUUAUUCCUUAUAUUGCCUCACAGUUCAAGAAGGACAAAAUUUGGAUGCGUCGAACAAAACCUAGCAAACGUACUUAUCAAGUAAUGCUUGCAAUUGACGACUCUAAAUCUAUGACCGAAUCUAAAAGCACUGGCUUAGCAAUGGAAACCUUGGCUCUUGUCUCAAAAGCACUCUCACUUUUGGAAGUCGGACAAAUAGCCGUAAUGAAGUUUGGGGAACAUCCUCAGCUACUCCAUCCUUUCGAUAAGCAAUUGACCUCGGAUAGUGGAGCAGACUUACUCUCUCAUUUUACUUUUGAAGACUCUAAGACUAAUGUUUUGGAACUUACAGAGGCUUCAAUGAAGCUGUUUAAUUUCGCGUCGACUGCAGUUCAGCGAAGAGGAUCACGGACUCUUCAUCAACUUGAAAUUAUCAUUUCUGAUGGUGUUUGUGAGGAUCAUGAUAGUAUACGGAAAGUGUUAAGAAGAAGCCAAGAAGACAAUGUCAUGGUUGUUUUUGUUAUUUUGGAUAACAUUUUGUCUCAGAAAAAGUCUUCAAUUUUGGAUAUCAAUAAGGUCCGCUAUCUUACAAAGCCUGAUGGCUCCAUGGAAUUGAAGAUACAGCCGUACAUUGAUGAGUUCGCAUUCGACUGUUUCUUAAUUGUCCGCAAUAUUGAGGAAUUACCACAGUUGCUAGCUUCCACUUUGAGACAAUGGUUCCAAAAAGCUGCAAAUUCGUGA